CUUUUUUUUUUCCUAUCUUUUCCUUUCUUUCCGUAUUUCCCGGGUUCCCAUUGUCCUCUCUAGACUUCCUCCUAGAUAUUUCUCAGGUGUAUUAGUAGGUGGUUUAAGGUAUCCUGGGCAGUUUAUAAAAGAGAUCGGAUCUAAUGGACACACUUCACAACGCUACCCUCCCGCAGCCCAACCCCAUCAAUGGCCUCAGCGGCGCCGCAGAUCCGGGCGAUCCGGCAUCGCCCGCCGGGUGGCGCAUCAUCGCGCCGACCGUCAUCGUGUGCUACCUCACCCUAGUCCAAGUCCUGCGCUUCCGCGCCCUCCGCGCCCUCGAGCGCAAGUACAGCGCCUACGCCGCGGACCCGUACGCGCUCGACUACCGGCAGGCGGCGGAGGUGAUGCGGCUGCACCAGCUGCGCGACACGCCGUUCCUGUUCUACUUCGGCACGCAGUGGGCGUUAGUGAAGAGCUACGGCAUGGCGACGGGGACGCCGCUGCUCGUCAAGACGCGGCAGCUGUGCGACCCGGCCCGCGUCGGCCGCCGCGCCGAGGACACGGCUAUCCUGCUCAUGGAGCUGCUGUGCGGCGACCUGGACUCGGAGAGGGGCCGCCGGGCCACGGCGCGGCUGAACUGGAUGCACGGCCGCUACGAGAGCCACAUCGUGCGCGCCGAUUACGUGCACACGCUAGCGCUGUUCGUGCUCGAGCCCGCGCGCUGGAUCGACCGCUACGAGUGGCGGGCGCUGACGCGCCUCGAGAAGGUCGCGUACCUGGUGUACUGGCGCGAGCUCGCGCGGCGCAUGGGGUUUUUGGAGCUGGUGCCGGAGACGCUGGAGGCGCUCGAGCGGUGGAAGCUCGAGUACGAGGCUAAGCACAUGUACUUCAUCCCGCAGAACAAGAUGGUGGCGGAGGCGACGGUCAACUUGUUCCUGAGGGGCGUGCCGACCUUCUUGCAUGGUGUUAUGAGGAGUCUUUUCAUCUCGUUUAUUGAUGAGAAGCCUGUUCGCGUUGCGCUGGGCUUCCCGGAGCCGCCGAUCUGGGCGACGGCGCUGACGAAGGGGUUCUUUCGCUUGCGUGGGUUCGUGGUGCGGUAUUUUUUCUUGCCGCGCGCUGUGCCUAUGGAUCCUCUGGCUCGGCCUGCGAAGGACGGGCGUUUGUAUCGGAGCGCGCGUUUCGUCGGGUUCGAGCCGUGGUACGUGGCCGAUACGUUGUAUAACCGAGUAAUGCUAUGGCUUAGUUCGGGUGGCAAGGUUACGCCCGGUGGAAAGUUUCAAGGAAGGGGUUACGUGCCGGAGGAGCUUGGGCCGGCUGAGUUCGAGAAAAUGGGCAGGGAGGAGGUGUUGAAACAGGCGGAGGCUAUGAAGGAGUUCGCAAUGGGGGAGAAAGAUGAGGCGAUAGGAGGUGGUUGUCCCAUGAGUUUUGGCUUUUAACCACGAAUGAUGACUUACGUCUACUCAAGUUGGCUAUCGACUCAAUCAAAAUUGUCAUGAUAUUCUUACUACCAUGAAGCGAUGAUCGAGAUUUGUAAGU